CUACGGAGUCAACAUCGCAGUGCCCUCUCUGGUGUCGCGUGAUAGCCAAGCACUACGCUAGUUCCGUUUACCUGACGUUCAUCUGAGUGCAACGCUCGUAGCUUUCUCAGUACUGAUGGUGAAUAGCUACAGCUGCGGUAACCGGUGGAGGAACAGAAGCCGCAGAAGGAGAGUCAGCAGUAGUAGAGGAGCGGUAGUUUGGGAUUAAACGUUUACAAUUAUUAAUCUUACUCGUAUAAACGGUAGCUUCCUAAAAUCAGAAGGGAACGGGGAAAAUAAAUAAAGAUGGCGGCCGCGGCCUCGCCGGGCUCCUGCUCGUCCACCUCCUCAGACUGGAUUGUACUGAGAGACGGUUGCCUUCGUUGCGACGAGGAGGGCCUGCGGAGCCUUUCCUACCACCCGGCCCUUAACGCUAUCCUGGCUGUUACUAGCCGGGGCAGUAUAAAAGUAAUCGACGGCACUUCAGGGGCCAUACUCCAGGCCUCGGCCUUGCAUGCUAAACCUGGAGGCCGUGUUAGGUGUCAGUACUUCCCUGCGGUAGACAAGGUCCUCUUCGUGGACGACUACGCAGUAGGCUGCAGAAAGGACUUGAACGGCAUCCUGCUGCUAGACACAGCCCUGCAGGCCCCUGUGGCCAAACCAGAGGACAUGGUCCAGCUAGAGCUGCCUGUUACAGAGGCUCAGCAGAUGCUCUCGGCCUGCCUGGAGAAGGUAGAUGUGUCCAACACGGAAGGCUAUGACAUCUUCAUCACUCAACUCAAAGAAGGACUGAAGAAUACCUCACAUGAGACUGCAGCCAAUCACAAAGUGGCCAAGUGGGCAACAGUGACGUUCCAUCUUCCACACCAUGUGCUAAAGUUGGUCGCCAGUGCCAUCGUGAAUGAGCUGAAGAAGAUAAACCAGAAUGUCGCUGCCUUGUCUGUGGCCUCGUUCAUCAUGGACAGACUCUCCUACCUCUUACCAAGCGCACGGCCUGAGCUGGGGGUGGGCCCAGGGCGCUCUGUAGAUAGAUCAUUAAUGUACAGUGAGGCCAAUAGGAGAGAAACGUUCAUGUCAUGGCCCCACGCCGGGUACAGGUGGGCACAGCCUGACCCUAUGGCCCAAGCAGGAUUUUACCACCAGGUAGGCAGUCCUGCUUCCACCGGUGAUGACAGGGCCAUGUGUUUCACAUGCAGUGUCUGCCUAGUGUGUUGGGAGCCCACAGAUGAACCAUGGUCUGAGCACGAGCGACAUUCCCCCAACUGUCCAUUUGUGAAGGGUGAGCACACCCAGAACGUGCCCCUGUCCGUCACGCUGGCCACCAGCCCCGCACAGUUCCCCACCCCUGAUGGCUCAGAUAAGAUCGCCUGCUACGGCUUCGGCAGCUGCCCACACUUCCUGGCAGCCGCCACCAAGCGUGGCAAGAUCUGCAUCUGGGACUUGUCCAAGCUCAUGAAGGUGCACUUGAAAUUUGAAAUCAACCCCUACGACCCGGCGAUCCUGCGACAGCUGAUUCUGUCUGGGAGCGAGCUGGCCCUGGGGACCCAGGAGUCCAGGAGGCCCACAUUAGCCUGGCUAGAGGACUCCUCCAGCUGCUCAGACAUACCAAAACUAGAGGGGGACAGUGACGAUCAGUUGGAGGACUCCGACAGUGAAGAGCAUUCCAGAUCAGAGUCGGUGACCGGCCACCCAUCCCAGAGGGAGAGCAUGGAGGUGAGCUUGGGCGUGACGGCACUCAGCCUCCUUCAGCAGCCAGAGAAGCUCCAGUGGGAGGUGGUAGCCAGCGUGCUAGAGGACACCGUCAAGGACCUGGAGGAGCUGGGGGCCAACCCUUCCCUGGCCCAGGUCAAGGCCGACAAGGCCAAGGAGAAGCCCGCGGAGCACCACAACAUUCCCUUCCCCUGCCUUUUGGCUGGAGGCCUGCUCAGCUACCGCUCUUCCGCCGGCUCCCCGCUUGCCGCCCCACCCCCCUCCGCCCGCCGCACCAUGGACGGCCCCCUCAGGACUCAGGGCCCCGAGCUCCCCCAUGCCGUGCCUGACCAGGGCCCUGUGGAGAUGGAGACCUGCAAUCCACCUCCCAUGGAGCUGGGCUCGCCAAACCCAGCCGCUCCUGCCGUGCGCAGGACUAUGCCUGUGCUCUUGCUCUACAGCAUCAAGGAGUCGGACGAGAAGUCGUCGGGCAAAGUGUUUGCCCAGAUGAACAAUCUGAUGAGCAAGGGGCUACAUGAGGAGGGCUUCUCCGUGCCGCAGAUCAUCGAGAUGGAGUUCGACACUCACGAGCAGCUGCUGCUCCAGGACCCGCCCAUCACCUACAUCCAGCAGUUUGCAGACGCUGCCGCAAACCUAGCCGCCCUGGACGGGGACAAGUGGAGCUCGCUGGCGCCGCGGCCCGGAGCCCUGGUGCAGUGCCUGCGGCUGCCCAAGCAGCUGGAAGAGGAGAACCUCUACGUGGACUCCAUCACGCCCUGUUCAGACGGCGUGCACUUGCUGGUGGGGCUACAGCCAUGCUCCGUGGAGUCUCUCAGCGCCAUCAACCAGGUGGAGGCCCUCAACAACCUUAACCGCCUCCACUCAGCCCUCUGCAGCCGCCGUAAGGGAGAGCUCCAGCCCCUGCCCACACUGGCCAACGGCCACGAGGCCCUUCCCUCCGCCUCUCCCCCUCAGACCCCACUCAUCCUGCCCCCCCCUGACCAGCGACAACAGCCGUCCAGGCCCCUGGGAGGCUGUGGCGGUGGGGGCUAUCUGGCCCUCUACAAGCUCAACUACUCCACCCGCAUUGUCACUCUGGAGGAGGAACCUGUCAAGGUGCAGCACAUCAGAGACCCCCGGGACGCCGUCACCUCCCUCAUCCUGCUCCCGCCAGAUGUGCUGGACGGGAGGGAGGACGACAGCGAGGAGGCCCCGGAGGAGACGCAUCGGCGUGGGCUUAAAAACGGCUCUGGUUGUGGGCCAGGGACUGGUACUAGCAGCACAGCUGCUCCCAGCAGCACCAAGGUGAAGCAGGCGGACGUGGUCGGACUGGGCCACCUGGUGGUCACCACUCAGGCAGGGUACAUCAUGAUCCUGGACCUGUCCACUUUGGAGGUCCUGGCCAAAGUGGAGCCGCCCAAGAAGGACGGGAUAGUGGAUGAGAUUGACCCUUUCGUCGCAGUCACCUACUGCUCCGGGACUGACCGCCUUUGCGCUUGCACUAAAGGUGGAGAACUUCACUUCCUUCAAAUUGGAGGUGUGUGUGACGAUAUAGAUGACGCCGACAUUUUUGUCGAUGGCCCCCUUUCUAAAGGGUCUGAACAGCUGUUGGAGGGUACCAAGCCCUCGUCCAACCCCUCAAGCCCAGGGAUCACAGGAGUUGACCUCCUGGUGGACCAAGCGUUGGCCGUGGAGAGCCUGACGUCGCUGGUGGAGCUGACACGCUUCGAGACGCUGACGCCGCGCUUCUCAGCCACGGUGCCGCCCUGCUGGGUGGAGGUGCAGCAGGAGCAGCAGCAGCGUCGCCACCCCCAGCAUCUGCACCAGCAGCACCAUGGAGACGCCGCCCAGCACACACGCACCUGGAAGCUGCAGAGCGACAGGUACGGACGUGUGGGCGUGACAGGCUCCAGCUGGGACGAGCAUGUGUUUGAACUGGUCCUUCCCAAGGCCUGCAUGGUGGGCCACGUGGACUUCAAGUUCGUCAUGAAUGCCAACAUCACUAACAUUCCUCAGAUCCAGAUCACCCUGCUGAAGAACAAGGCCCCAGGUCUGGGCAAGGUCAAUGAGACGGCAGUUGACAGACAGAUCUCCUUCCCCCUGACCCAUGUCCUCCAUGCCAACGGGGAGAGGAACGGACAGCCGCUUAUGCACGACUUCACAGACGACAUCCAGUUCAUGGACAUCGAAGAGACACCAGGCUCCAGGCUGUGCACCUUCCUAGAGGACCAUAAGGAGGAUAUAUUGUGUGGUCCUGUGUGGUUGGCCAGUGGUUUGGACCUCUCAGGCCACGCUGGGAUGCUUAGCCUCACCAGCCCCAAGCUGGUCAAAGGCAUGGCCGGGGGCAAGUACCGCUCAUUCCUGGUGCACAUCAAGGCGGUGAGCGACAAGGGCAUGGAGGAGAGUCCCAGGCCGGUGAUGAGGAUGCCCAUUGCCAAGCCCCAGAGCAGCAAGGGCCAUUCCCUCUCCACCCUGCUGCAGAGGGCACAGGCCACCAAGGAAAAGGCCUCCACUUCCAAAGCAGAUCCUCCAGCUCAGUCGAAGAAACCUGACAACCUCCGAGGGUGCGACCUUCUCCAGGAGGUGUCCGUCACAAUCAGAAGGUUUAAGAAGACGUCCAUACCAAAAGAAAGAGUCCAGCGCUGUGCCAUGCUGCAGUUCCCAGAUUUCCAUGAGAAGCUGUUGAACGGGCUGUGUAAGCGGGAAGACGAGGGACCUGGCACAGAGCACUCCCAGAGCCUUAUCCUGGACUGCCUCUGCUGGCUGGCUGGAGUCUAUUCCAACGGACCCUGCAGCCUGAGAGAAGGAAAGGAGGCUAUGCUGACGAAAACAAGGAAACGGCUGACAGACAUUGUGCGGGUGUGUUUUUUUGAGGCUGGACGGAGUAUAGCCCACAAAUGCGCCCGCUUUCUUGCACUUUGUAUUAGUAAUGGAAAAGGGGAACCCAGUCAGCAGGGCUUUGGCAUGGGUCUACUGAAGGCUCUGCUGGACAAUAUGCCUUACUUGCCCGCAGCAGCAACAGGUGGAUCGGUGUUCUGGUACUUUGUGCUGCUGAACUAUGUGAAGGAUGAGGACCUGGCAGGCUGCAGCACGGCCUGUGCCUCUCUGCUCACAGCAGUCUCCCGGCAACUGCAGGACCGCCUCACUCCCCUGGAGGCUUUGCUACAGACCAGAUACGGCCUGUACAGUUCCCCCUUCGACCCAGUGCUGUUUGACCUGGAAGUCAGCGGCUCCUGUAAGAAUGCCUUCAACAGCAGCAUCGGCGUCCAGUCUGACGAGAUUGACCUUUCUGAAAUUCUCUCAGGGAACGGUAAGGUAAGCAGCUGUGCGGCGGCCGAGGGCAGCUUCACGGCCCUCACCGGGCUCCUGGAGGUGGAGCCACUGCACUUUACCUGUAUCUCCACCAGCGACGGAACCAGGGUGGAGAGGGACGACGCAAGCAUGUUCACAGUGAGCACGUUUGGGGUGACCCCAGCAGUGGGUGGCCUGUCGGCGGGCACGGUGGGCGAGGCGUCUACGGCGUUGAGCUCUGCCGCCCAGGUGGCUCUGCAGUCGCUGUCCCACGCCAUGGUGUCUGCAGAGCAGCAGCUGCAGGUGCUCCAGGAGAAACAGCAGCAGCUGCUCAAACUGCAGCAACAGAAGGCCAAGCUGGAGGCAAAGCUGCACCAGACCACGUCAGCAGCAGCUGCGGCCUCCGGCGUAGGGCCCAUCCACAACUCUGUGCCUUCCAGCACCCCCGGCUUCUUCAUCCACCCCUCUGACGUCAUCCCCCCGACGCCCAAGACCACCCCACUGUUCAUGACGCCCCCGCUCACCCCGCCCAACGAGGCGGUGUCGGCAGCCAUCAGUGUGGAGUUGGCCCAGCUCUUCCCCGGCUCCAUGAUGGACCCAGCGCCCGUAAACCUGGCCGCACACAACAAGAACAGCCAGAAAGCCAAGCCGAAUCCUAUGGGCAGCGGUCUGGCUUUGGUCAUCUCUCAAGCCUCUCACUUCCUCCAGCCUCCUCCGCAACAGUCCAUCAUUAUCGAGCGCAUGCACUCUGGAGCGCGGAGGUUUGUGACGCUCGACUUCGGUCGCCCCGUGCUGCUGACCGAUGCUCUGAUCCCCACCUGUGGGGACCUGGCCUCUCUGUCCAUCGACAUCUGGACGCUGGGCGAGGAGGUGGAUGGACGCAGGCUGGUAGUGGCCACGGACAUCAGCACUCACUCCCUCAUCCUACACGACCUGUUGCCACCCCCUGUCUGUCGCUUCAUGAAGAUCACAGUGAUUGGGCGUUAUGGCAGCACCAACGCCCGGGCCAAGAUCCCAUUGGGCUUCUACUAUGGCCACACCUACAUCCUGCCCUGGGAGAGCGAGCUGAAGCUGAUGCACGACCCCCUGAGGGGGGAGUGUGAGGCGGCCAGCCAGCCUGACGUGCACCAGCACCUGGCCAUGAUGGUGGCCCUGCAGGAGGACAUCCAGUGCAGGUACAACCUGGCGUGCCACCGGCUGGAGACGUUACUCCAGAACAUCGACCUGCCUCCUCUCAACAGUGCCAACAACGCCCAGUACUUCCUGCGCAAGCCCGACAAGGCGGUGGAGGAGGACUCUCGGGUCUUUUCGGCCUACCAGGACUGUAUUCAGCUGCAGCUGCAGCUCAACCUGGCCCACCACGCCGUUCAGAGACUCCGCGUGUCCCUAGGGGCCGGGCGCAAGGUCCUGCCGGAACCCUACGACCCCCGGGAGCUCAUCCAGAACUCAUCCACCGAGCAGCUGAGAACCAUCAUCCGCUACCUGCUGGACACACUCCUCAGCCUGCUGCACUCCAACAACGGGCACGCAGUCCCGUCCGUUCUGCAGAGCACGUUCCACGCGCAUGCCUGCGAGGAGCUCUUCAAGCACCUGUGCAUUAGUGGCACGCCCAAGAUCCGCCUGCACGCUGGUCUGCUGCUAGUGCAGCUCUGUGGAGGGGAGCGCUGGUGGGGUCAGUUCCUCUCCAACGUCCUGCAGGAACUGUACAACUCCGAGCAGCUGCUCAUCUUCCCCCAGGACAGAGUUUUCAUGCUCCUGUCCUGUAUCGGUCAAAGAUCCCUGAGCAACAGCGGUGUGCUGGAGGGGCUGCUCAACCUGCUGGACAGCUUGCUGUCCCCCCUACAGCAGCCCCGGUCGGCUACCCAGCGCAGGACUGAAGGUGGGCUAGCCGGAGGGUCCCUGGGCUGGGGCUGGCAGCAGGGAUGGGGGGCUGGGGGACUCCCUGGCCCCAGCACCAACACCGGCCUCCCUGGACCAUGGACUCAACCAGCAGCCUAUGAGUGUGUGUCUGUGUGUGCGGCAGGUGUGUUGGACGUCCCCAUGAUCAGCUGGGUGGUGAUGCUUGUGUCACGACUGCUGGACUACGUGGCCAGCGUGGAGGACGAGGCGUCUGCAGGCAAGAAGCACCAGGGAGGGAAGGAGAGGGAGCGUACCUUCACAGGUAAUCAGUGGAGCUUUAUAAAUAACAGCCUCCAGUCCUCCAGCUCCAACAGAUCAACCAAAGGCAACAGCAGCCUGGACCGUCUGUACUCCCGCAAGAUUCGCAAACAGCUGGUGCACCACAAACAGCAGUUAAAUCUAUUGAAGGCAAAACAGAAAGCUUUGGUGGAGCAAAUUGAGAAGGAGAAGAUCCAGAGCAACAAAAGCUCCUCGUACAAACUGCUGGUGGAGCAGGCCAAGCUGAAACAGGCCACAUCCAAGCACUUUAAGGACCUGAUCCGUCUGAGGCGUACAGCCGAGUGGCCUCGCUCCACCCUAGACACAGAGGCCACCGCCGCCAAGGAGCCCCCUGAGGUGGAGCCUCUGCCCUUCACCCUGGCCCAUGAGCGCUGCAUCUCCGUGGUACAGAAACUGGCCCUCUUCCUCCUCUCCAUGGACUUCACCUGCCACGCAGACCUCUUGCUGUUCGUCUGCAAGGUCUUGGCCAGGAUAGCCAACGCCACCAGGCCCACCAUCCACCUGUGUGAGGUGGUGUCGGAGCACCAGCUGGAGCGUCUGCUGCUGCUGCUGGUGGGGACAGACUUCAACAGGGGGGACAUCUCCUGGGGAGGGGCCUGGGCCCAGUACUCCCUCACCUGCAUGCUGCAGGACAUCCUGGCAGGGGAGUUGCUGUCCCCAGGGUCCCUAGAUGGUAUGGACGAGGGGGCGGUGGGUGAGGAGGCAGGGGCAUCGUCGUCCUCAUCAGGGAUAGACUCUGACUCCCUGGCCCAGUCCACCUCCAUCCCCCAGGUGGAGACCAUCGAUGAGACCCUGGUUCCGGAUAUCAUCGCAGGUACUCCUGGGACCUCCUCUGUUUUCCAAAGUGCUCCAUCUCUUUCAUCUUUGGAAAAAGAUAAAGACAUUGACUUUGACUUGCUACAAGACCUCAUGGAUGUUGAUAUUGAUCCUUUAGAUAUUGAUUUGGAAAAAGAUCCCCUCGCCGCCAAAGUCUUUAAGCCUAUUAGCAGCACCUGGUAUGACUACUGGGGUGCUGACUAUGGCACUUACGGUUACAACCCCUACAUAGGGGGCGUAGGGAUUGCUGUGUCCAAGCCCCCGGUUGCUGCCGAAAAGCCUGGGUCUCAAAGUCUCUCUGUAUCUGUGUCGCAAGCUCUGGACGCCCGCCUGGAGGUGGGGCUGGAGCAGCAGGCUGAGCUUAUGCUCAAGAUGAUGGCCACUCUGGAGGCCGACUCCAUCUUACAGGCGCUCACCUCAACGUCCCCCGCAGUGUCCCAGGCAUCCAAUGGGACGGAUGAUUCUCUGCUGAGGGGUCUCCGUGGGGGCUCCCCACCAGGAAGCAGCCUAAUGGUACAGGCCUCCUCCAUCCCCAUGCUGAGUGCCUGCUUCAACAAGCUCUUCUCCAUGCUGCAGGUGCACCACGUACAGAUGGAGUCUCUGCUGCAACUGUGGCUGACCCUCAGUCUCAACUCCUGCUCUGGGGGCACCGAGGAGAGUGGAUCAGAUAUUUUCCUGUUCAACGCCAGCAGAGUGCCCACCAUCCCACUCAACCAAGCCUCUAUCAACAGUUUCCUGUCGGUGCUAGCCUGGUACCCCAACACCUCCCUGAGGACCUGGUGCCUGGUGCUGCACUCCCUUACCCUCAUGACCAACAUGCCCUCCAGUGCCUCCAGCAGUGGGAUGGGAGCUCAUGAGAGCACGGCCCAGCAGAUGGUGUCGGACCCUACGCUGGUGCACGUGCUCGUGCGUUUCCUGUCUGGGAGCAACCCCCACGGCACCAGCCAGCACAGCUCCCAGGUCGGCCCAACCGCCACCCAAGCUAUGCAAGAGUUCCUCACCAGACUCCAGGUGCACCUCUCUUCCACCUGCCCACAGAUGUUUAGUGAGUUCCUGCUCAAACUAAUGCACAUCCUGUCCACUGAGAGGGGUCCGUUCCAGUCAGGCCAGGGUCCUCUGGACGCCCAGGUCAAGCUGUUAGAGUUCACCCUGGAGCAGAACUUUGAGGUGGUGUCAGUGAGCACCAUCUCCUCUGUCAUCGAGUCCAUCACCUUCCUGGUGCACCACUACAUCACCUGCUCUGACAAGGUGGUGUCCCGCAGCGGUUCAGACAGCGCUGUGGGUGCCCGUGCCUGCUUCGGAGGCCUUUUUGCCAACAUCAUCCGGCCCGGCGACGCCAAGGCGGUGUGCGGCGAGACCACGCGCGACCAACUCAUGUUCGACCUGCUCAAGCUGGUCAACGCCCUGGUCCAGCUGCCCCUGUCGGGCGACCGCGAGUUCAGCGGGCGUCUGCCGCCGGCGGGCAGCGGGGCGUCGGACAGCAGCGUGUCGGACGAGGAGAAGGUGUGCGGCAGCAAGGAGGGGGCAGCGGGGGGGUCCUCCCCUAACCAGGGCCCUGCGGCCGGAGUGGCUGAUCUGGUGCUGGCCAACCAGCAGAUCAUGAGCCAGAUCCUCUCGGCUCUGGGCCAGUGCAACAGCAGCGCCAUGGCUAUGAUCAUAGGUGCUAGUGGUCUCCACCUGACCAAGCAUGAGAAUUUCCAUGGAGGACUAGAUGCCAUCUCUGUAGGAGACGGCCUUUUCACCAUUCUCACCACCCUGAGCAAGAGGGCCACCUCGGUGCAGGUUAUGCUGCAGCCCAUCCUCACCUACAUGGCCUGUGGGUACAUGGGCAGACAGUCUUUGUAUUUCUCCCAGGGUUCCCUGUCGACAUGCCAGCUGUCUGAGCCUCUGCUCUGGUUCAUCCUCCGAGUGUUGGACACCAGCGAGGCACUUAAGGCAUUCCACGACAUGGGUGGGGUCCAGUUGAUCUGUAACAAUAUGGUGACCAGCACACGGGCCAUAGUGAACACAGCACGCAGCAUGGUGUCCACCAUCAUGAAGUUUCUGGACACUGGUCCAGGGAAGGCUGCAGAUGGCAGCCUCAAAGCCCGGGUCCUAGCCGCCGAGCCCGACAACGCAGAGGGACUCCACAACUUUGCUCCGCUUGGCACCAUCACUUCCAGCAGCCCCACGGCCCAGCCUGCUGAGGUCCUCCUUCAGGCCACGCCCCCUCACAGACGGGCGCGCUCGGCUGCCUGGUCCUACAUCUUCCUGCCGGAGGAGGCGUGGUGUGACCUCACCAUCCACCUUCCUGCCGCCGUUCUCCUCAAAGAGCUGCACAUCCAGCCACACCUGGCCUCUCUCGCCACCUGCCCUUCCUCGGUCUCGGUUGAGAUCAGCGCGGACGGGGUCAACAUGCUGCCUCUGUCCACGCCCAUCAUCACCAGCGGCCUCACCUACAUCAAGAUCCAGCUGGUGAAGGCCGAGGUGGCGUCCGCCGUGUGUCUGAGGCUGCACCGGCCCCGCGACGCCAGCACCCUGGGCCUGUCCCAGAUCAAACUGCUUGGCCUCACUGCCUUUGGAAACACCUCCUCAGCCACCGUCAACAACCCCUUCCUGCCCUCUGAGGACCAGGUCUCUAAAACCAGUAUUGGCUGGCUACGUCUGCUCCACCACUGUCUUACCCACGUCAGUGACCUGGAGGCCACGAUGGCCAGCGCCGCUGCCCCCACCGCCAACCUGCUUCAGACCUGUGCCGCCUUGCUCAUGUCCCCCUACUGCGGCAUGCACUCGCCGAACAUCGAAGCCGUGCUGGUCAAGAUCGGCCUGCAGUCCACCCGCAUCGGCCUCAAGCUCAUCGACAUCCUGCUGAGGAACUGUGCAGCCUCCGGCACCGACCCUACCAACCUGAACAGUCCCCUGCUCUUUGGAAGGCUCAACGGUCUCUCUUCAGACUCCACCAUUGACAUCCUCUACCAGCUGGGAACCAUACAAGAUCCUGGGACUAAGGACAGGAUCCAGGCCCUUCUCCAGUGGGUCCAUGACUCAUCGCUGGUGGCGGCCCACAAGAGGAGCGGCCCCUUAGGCUACAUGCGCCAGAGCAGCUCCUCGUCACGGGAGUAUGGCCUCGUCAUGCCCUCGCCCUCCCACCUCCACUGUGUGGCGGCCAUCUUGUGGCACAGCUACGAGCUGCCCGUGGACUACGACCUCCCAGUGCUGCUCAACAGAGAGCUCUUUGAACUUCUGUACAACUGGUCCAUGUCCCUGCCGUGUAACAUGGUGCUGAAGAAGGCAGUAGACAGCCUGCUCUGCUCCAUGUGCCACAUCCAUCCCAGUUACUUCUCUCUGCUCAUGUCCUGGAUGGGCAUCGUGGCCCCGCCCACCGCCGCCCAAUCUCAGGCCCAGCACCGCCUCUCCAUGACGGACGACGGAAAGAAGCAGCACGACCUCAGCAGCGCCAAUGCUAAUGCCACCACCAGUGCCGCUGCCGCCGGCCUCACCGACGACUCCAAGCACGCGCGGCCGCCCAUCGCCCUGUCCGAGUCGGAACUGGCCACUCUGGCUUCAGCCUCCCAGUCACCCGGGGCAAUAGAGCAGCUGCUGGACUCGGGCCUGCCCUCUCUGCUAGUCCGCAGCCUGGCCGGACUCUGCUGUGGACUCCUGGCUGCCGCUGACCUGCCCCUGCCCGCCACCGCCCAGGCUGAACGACGGCAACACCAUCACAACCACCACCCCCACUGCUCCUCCUCUUCCUCUCAGAGCAGGGUGCCCCUGUCUGCAGAGCUGGCAGCCCCAGUGCUGCGUUUCCUCACAGAGGUGGGGAACAGUCAUGCCAUGAAGGACUGGCUGGGUGGGCCUGAGGUGAACUCUCUGUGGACCGCUCUGCUGUUCCUGCUGUGCCACUCCAGCGCUAGCGCAGGGGGAGCCAGUGGUGGCCAGGGGCACACGGGAGCCCACUCUGCUGCCUCCGGUGGUGCGUGCUGCCCCCCUCCUCCGCCCCCACCCCUGCCCUCUGGGUCACGCUACUCUCUAGCCUCCUCGUCCCGGGGCAGCGGGCUCACCACCCAGCAGAGGACAGCCAUCGAGAACGCCACAGUGGCCUUCUUCCUGCAGUGCAUCUCCUGCCACCCCAACAACCAGCGGCUCAUGGCACAGGUGCUGUGUGAGCUCUUCCAGUCGGCCCCCCAGCGUGGAAACGUGCCCAUCUCUGGCAACAUCUCCGGCUUCAUCCGCAGGCUCUUCCUGCAACUCAUGCUGGAGGACGAGAAGGUCACAGUCUUCCUGCAGUCGCCCUGUCCGCUGUACAAGGGCCGCAUCAACGCUACCAGCCAUGUGAUCCAGCACCCCAUGUACGGAGCAGGGCACAAGUACCGCACUCUCCACCUCCCCAUCUCCACCACCCUGGCUGAAGUCCUGGACCGGGUGUCUGACACUCCCAGCAUCACAGCAAAGCUGAUCAACGAACAGAAGGAAGACAAGGAGAAGAAGAAUCAAGAGGAGAAGGAGAAGAUGAAGACCGACAGUGGUUUCCAGGACAACUACAGCGUUGUCGUGGCCUCAGGCUUGAAGUCCCAGUCGAAGAGAGCUCUUUCCACCCCUCCCCGUCCCCCUUCGCGGAGGGGCCGUGUGUUGAGCGACAAGCUGACAUCCUCCUCAGGUGUGGAUCCCUCCGCCAAAACGCUCAGCGUGCCUGUCUUCCACCUCUACCACAAGCUGCUCCCAGGUCAGCCCCUGCCGGCAGAGAUGACACUGGCUCAGCUGUUGACCCUGCUUUAUGACCGUAAGCUGCCCCAGGGCUACCGGUCCAUCGACUUGACCGUCAAGCUGGGCUCCAAGGUCAUCGCCGACCCGGGCCUCUCCAAGACGGACUCGUUCAAACGGCUCCGCACCGAGAAAGUGGAACACUGUGACGUGCUGAGUAGCUGUCCGGAGGACGACCCCAUGACCCCGGGGGACGACUGUCUUGAUGCAGCCAUCGAUGAGUCCCUGCUGGAGACCAACCCCAUCCAGUCUCCCCUGCAGGUGUUUGCAGGCAUGGGUGGUCUGGCCCUGAUUGCAGAGAGGCUGCCCAUGCUCUACCCAGACGUCAUCCAACAGCAAAUUGAAUUAUUCAGGCAGUCUCCCAGAGCUACUGGUGGUUUGAAGCAGACGCCCCUCGAGGGCUACCAAGUGAGUCCUCCGGUGGUACCCUCCACCACGCAGGAGAAGCCCAAGGACAGCGACCAGUUUGAGUGGGUCACCAUCGAGCAGUCCGGCGAGCUCGUGUACGAGGCGCCAGAGACCAUGGCCGCCGAGCCGCCGCCCAUCAACAAGUCGUCAGUGCAGACCAUGUCGCCCAUCCCCGCCCACUCGCUGGCGGCCUUCGGUUUGUUCCUGCGCCUGCCGGGCUACGCUGAGGUUCUGCUGAAGGAGAGGAAGCACGCCCAGUGUCUGCUCCGCCUGGUGCUGGGGGUCACCGAUGACGGCGAGGGCAGUCACAUCCUGCAGUCUCCGUCGGCCAAUGUGCUGCCCACGCUGCCCUUUCAUGUGCUGCGGGCCCUGUUCAGCACCACACUUCUUACCACAGACGACGGCGUGCUGCUGCGUCGCAUGGCCCUGGAGAUAGGAGCCAUCCACCUCAUCCUGGCCUGCUUGUCAGCCCUCAGCCACCACGCGCCCCGUGUCCCCAACGCCAGUGGCAACUCCUCAGAGCCAACGGUGUCCAGUGGUCAUGGAGGGGGCACCAGUGAGGAGCAGCAGCUGUACUGGGCCAAGGGCACUGGGUUCGGUACAGGCUCCACUGCCUCAGGCUGGGACGUGGAGCAGGCCCUCACCAAGCAGAGGCUGGAAGAGGAGCACGUCACAUGUCUUCUGCAGGUGCUGGCCAGCUACAUCAACCCAGCAGGCUGUGUGAGCCACGGAGAGGCCCCUACGGGGGAGAGCAGGGGCCACAACAGCAACGCCCUGCCCACAGUACUGCAGGAGCUGCUCAGCCAGUCCUGCCUCAUUCCAGCCAUGUCCUCCUACCUACGCAACGAUUCUGUGCUUGACAUGGCACGCCACGUGCCCCUGUACCGGGCGCUGCUGGAGCUGCUGAGGGCCAUCUCCACCUCCACGGCCCUGGUGCCCCUGCUGCUGCCUCUGUCAGGAGACCCCAGCCAGGAGGAAGAGGAGGAGGAAAGCUCCGAGGGACAGACGUCUGUGGGCAUGCUGCUGGCCAAGAUGAAGACCUGCGUGGACACCUACACGAACCGCCUCAGGUGGGGACUUAGACGGACAGAGUCAAAGAAAGACAAGGCAAAAGGCGUGGUGAAGCCUGAUAGCUCAGACCCAGAGCCUGAGGGCCUGACCCUGCUGGUGCCUGACAUCCAGAGGACGGCUGAGAUUGUCUACGCUGCCACCACCAGCCUACGGCAUGCAAACCAGGAGAGGAAGUUGGCCGAGUCCUCGAAGAAGGCAACAACCAGACCCAAACCCAUGUCCAUCCUACGCUCACUGGAGGAGAAGUACGUGGCCAUCAUGAAGAAGCUCCAGUUUGACACCUUUGAGAUGGUCUCGGAGGACGAUGACGGGAAGCUGGUGUUCAAGGUGAACUACCACUACAUGUCUCAGGUGAAGAACGCCAGCGACGCCAACAGCGCUGCCCGGGCCCGCCGCCUGGCACAGGAGGCCGUCACGCUCUCCACCUCGCUGCCCCUCUCCUCCUCCUCCAGCGUCUUUGUCCGCUGCGACGAAGAACGACUGGACAUCAUGAAGGUUCUCAUCACUGGCCCGGCAGACACGCCGUACGCCAACGGCUGCUUUGAGUUUGACGUGUACUUCCCCCAGGACUACCCCAACUCCCCGCCCCUGGUCAACCUGGAGACCACCGGGGGACACAGCGUGCGCUUUAACCCAAACCUCUACAACGACGGGAAAGUGUGUUUAAGUAUCCUCAACACCUGGCACGGGAGACCAGAGGAGAAAUGGAACCCUCAGACCUCUAGCUUUUUACAGGUGCUGGUAUCGGUGCAGUCUCUGAUCCUGGUGUCGGAGCCCUACUUCAACGAGCCGGGCUACGAGCGCUCACGCGGAACCCCCAGCGGCACGCAGAGCUCCCGCGAGUACGACGGAAACAUCCGUCAGGCCUCCGUCAAGUGGGCAAUGCUGGAGCAGUUACGCAACCCCUCGCCUUGCUUCAAAGAGGUGAUCCACAAGCACUUCUACCUGAAGCGGGUGGAAGUCAUGGCGCAGUGUGAGGAGUGGAUCGCAGACAUCCAGCAGUACAGCAGUGACAAGAGAGUGGGCCGCACCAUGUCCCAUCACGCUGCUGCAUUGAAGAGGCACACGGCCCAGCUACGAGAGGAACUGCUGAAGCUGCCCUGCCCCGAGGGCCUGGAGCCUGACGGGGAGGAGUUCUCAGAGAAGAGUGCUGCCCUCAUGGUCAAAGAGCUGCCCAAUCAGGAUGCGGAGAAGCCGAGCGGCAGCCAAGACGGCCCCUGCAGUGAGGGCCUGCUAUGAGUCUUGCCCUUCCCUGCACCCUUAGCCGCGGCUACUCCUCCUCACGACUAUUACUAUUGUUAUUAAAUAGACUUUGAAGGCUUUGAAGCACAAGCCACCAUUUUGUCAAUAUUUGUAUGUAAGAAUCUAAUUAUGUAAUAGCUGAAAAAAAUAGGACAAAAAACAAGAUGAGAAUGAAACUGCAUACAAACCAACAAAAAUAAAACAAAACUCCGAACUAUGCUAUGCCCUUAAGGAAACAGUUGACAAACAAAUUCUUUUAUUUACCUGUAAAAGUGUAAACUUUUUGUGCUUUUUUUUUUUCAAUUGUGAAUUAACCACUGAUUGGUAUGUUAUUAAACUUGUUUAUGUAUACAUAAUGACAGAGGGAAUCACAGAAUAUAUAAGGGAACUAGCAUACCUUUAGAGAAUGUUUAAUGAAUGUUCAUUUCAAUUUUUUGGGGGACUGUUAGCGCAAGAACAGUUGUAACCAAGAAUGUAUUGGUCAUUCUUUAAGGAUACUAUUUAAAAGAAAAGAACACAUACACUUUCCUGAAUUUGAGAAAUCUUCUGUUUGCCCAUUGAUUUCUACAGGAUCCUGUAAACUUCAAUAAAGGCUGAAAUGGACGUUCUUAAUUGCUAUGAUUACUUACCUUUUUUACAGGCUGUUAAAAAAAAUGCACACUUUUUUGUUUGUUUGUCCCUCACUAAUUCUCAAUGCAAGUUUAAUAAAUGCAACCUGUUUUACUUUGCCCGGAUAUAUACACUGAUCUGAUUGUGUAGAUGAGUGUAUGUAAGAUGUGCUUGGGGAUAUGUAUGUGAACGCUUCUGCAUGUGUAUGCGAUUGUGUGUGUUCAACAAUCUUCAUAAGAUACCAAGCUGCCAUGUGCCUUUUUAUCUACAUUGACAUCAUACCACCAGAUACUUUGAAAGAGUUUAUUCACUGAUUUAUUUGAAAUUUCUACACACAGAUCAUUCCACUGUUUGGCUAAAAUCCCUUCAUCUAUUUUAUGUUGAUUCCAGUAAAAGAAAAAGCACUUUCUAUUUUACUCAAUCCCGGUUCAGUCACAUACUCCUUUUGGUAGGACAUUAAAUGGAGCUUGAAAAUA